AUGGUGAGCCCGACAACCUCGGAAGCGGCCCCCACCUUGGGGGUCAAGAUCUUCUCAGCCGGCGUGGCUGCCUGCCUAGCCGAUAUCAUCACCUUCCCGCUGGACACCGCCAAAGUCCGGCUCCAGAUCCAAGGUGAAAGCCAGAUCUCCAGUGGCAUUAGGUAUAAAGGUGUUCUGGGAACAAUUACCACUCUGGCAAGAACCGAAGGGCUGAUGAAACUGUACAGCGGGCUGCCAGCAGGAAUUCAGAGGCAGAUCAGCUUUGCCUCGCUCAGGAUUGGCCUCUAUGAUUCUGUCCAAGAGUACUUCUCUUCGGGGAAAGAAACACCACCAACUUUGGGAAACAAGAUCUCAGCUGGCUUAAUGACUGGAGGGGUGGCAGUAUUCAUCGGGCAACCCACAGAGGUCGUGAAAGUCAGACUCCAAGCACAGAGCCACCUACAUGGGAUCAAGCCCCGCUACACUGGGACCUACAAUGCUUACAGAAUUAUAGCAACAACAGAAAGCUUCUUCACCCUCUGGAAAGGGACUACCCCUAAUCUAAUGAGAAAUAUCAUCAUCAAUUGUACAGAGCUAGUAACAUAUGACCUCAUAAAGGGAGCCCUUGUGAACAACCAAAUACUAGCAGAUGAUGUCCCAUGCCAUUUACUGUCAGCUCUCAUUGCUGGGUUUUGCACAACACUCCUGGCCUCUCCAGUGGAUGUGGUAAAAACAAGAUUCAUCAAUUCUGUACCAGGACAGUACACAAGUGUGCCCAGCUGUGCAAUGACAAUGUUCACUAAGGAAGGACCUAAGGCUUUUUUCAAAGGGUUUGUGCCUUCUUUCCUGCGACUUGGGUCCUGGAACGUCAUCAUGUUUGUGUGCUUUGAACAGCUGAAAAAAGAAUUGAUGAAGUCAAGGCAGACUGUGGACUGCACCACAUAAUCAGCCUCAGGGAAUUGGUGUGGCAUACCAGCGGGAUCCUCUGCUGGGAGACGAUUAAUAAAACCAACCAAA